AUGGCACCUGCAGUGCCACACGAUGAGUACAGCAGCGGAUUAAAGUCCAGUGGAAGAAGAACAGAGACUAUGAUUGUCCAAAAUUUUUUCUUGGUUUUGGAUUCUGGUGUGAUUGAUCAUAUGGUUGUUGGCCUAAUAAAGGAUCCAAAGAUGGGAACAACUAUUUUUGUUCUCUUAAUGAUAUAUUUGGUAAUGAUAAAGUGUGCAUCAUCAUCAGAAGAAGGAGAUAGAAGUAGUCUCUUCAAAAAACAAGAAGAUUAUGAUCUGGAGGAUUUGGAGUUGCAACCCGCCAAGCUUCUUAUUAGCAAUAAGCCAGCAGCAGUGAAGUCUAUAAAAACUAAAAAUGGAGAUAUUUAUGAUUGCGUGGAUAUCAAGAAGCAACCAGCAUUCGAUCACCCCUUGCUCAGAAAUCAUACCAUUCAGAUGAAACCCAGUUCCUUUCCAGUAGGGUUAAUGGUUAACAAAGAACUAUUAGAAUCCAAACCUUCAGAUACCACCGGAGUCAAGGGUAAAAGGUGUCCACCAGGGACAGUCUUAAUACAGAGGACUCAAAAGGAGGAGGAUAUAACAAGCAUGGCCAAAUCACAAUUUGCAACAUUUCAACUAGGAGGUUUGGAUAGGAAGUAUUAUGGCGGGUAUGUACACUUUGGGAUUGAUCAACCAAAGGUUUCUUCAAUCAACCAGUUCAGUGCAUCAGUAUUAUGGAUUGAAAAUGGCCCUAUUCAUCAACUCAACAGUAUUCAAGUUGGAUGGACAGUAAAUCCACGGUUAUUUGGUGAUAACAAAACUCGGGUUUUUUCUUAUUGGACGGCAGAUGGAUUUCACAAGACGGGUUGCUUUAAUCUCCUUUGCCCAGGUUUUGUACAGGUCAGCCGUAAAAAGACCCUUGGUACUGUCUAUGAUGUAAUUUCCAUAUACGGGGGACAGCAAUAUGAGGAUGAUUUUCUUGUGUAUAAGGAUCCAAACUCUGGAAAUUGGUGGUAUGUUACGUAUUUGAAUGGAGGACAUGAGGCUGUUGGAUAUUGGCCAUCAACCUUAUUCACAACCUUAAGAGACUCUGCAUCUAUGAUAACAGCUGGUGGGGAGGUCUAUAGCCCUACAAGUGAAGGUAGCCCUCAAAUGGGGAAAGGCGUUUUUCCAGUACGUGGCGACUCUCGAUUGGCAGCUUCUGCAAGAAGGUUACAAUUCAUGGAUGAGAAACAGUUACUACUGGAUCCUAUAGCUUCUUUAUUGAAGAUUCAAACGGAUAAUCCUGCAUGCUAUAAGGUGGAAUUGGUAAAUACUCCCUACGAGUAUUGGAAAAAUUCUAUCUUAUUUGGAGGACCGGGUGGUGCAUGUGGAAAUUGA